AUGCGCUGGCAGUUCUUUGGCAUCUGGUUCUCUGCCGGUAGAUGCGCUUGCGCUCCCGCUGGGUAUACAGGAUGUGAGUAUGGCUGUCCAGUUAUCCUCCUUCUUCUGACCCGUCGUGGAGUUGUUGUUGUCAGUUAAAAUCGCGGUCAAGUGUUUGUUGGGGACCAGGAUGCGGUGUUUCGCCUAGGUGCGGGUCCAUCCGCGCCAGCCACCCGCGCCCUCCUCCAUCUCCGGUCUUCUUGACUCUGCCUUGACACCGAGCUCAAGUGGGGAGGAGAGAGUGCGGUAGAUGCUGCGCAAGUCUACUCUCCCUAUAAACUAGAUCGCGCGCAAGUCACCGUGCCUGUUUCACCUUUCUGUGGAGCACACGGUGGACUUCGUUUGGCACGACGGUUGAACUGUCAUACUCACACUUGAGAGGUUAGCACAUGCACCAGUUUUCAAAAAACAAGAACCUUCAGCGUACCAGGCACAAAUCUCUCGUUCACUACCGUGUCACAUUUGUUCCACGGCCGAUUAUUGCAAAGACAAAGGAGACAUGGACGGCCAUUUCCGGUUCAUUGGCAGUCAAAAGUCAGCACUACCUAGGUUUACGUUUGCGGAACCUCUAAUUCGAACCAACCAUGUUUUGUGAAUACUCUCGGUUAAAUCAAAAACUUGACCAGACAAACUGCUUAGAUAAAACUGGAAUAGUAGUAACCGAGUGCUCAAUAAUUUAAGGUCGGUAACGACUUAAAUCAUUUCUAUCGCACGCAUAUGGACAUUAAAACCAAAACUGGUCCAACUCCCGUUUCAAGUGAAUUCCUCCCUUAUCCUACUCGCCUUUACCGUUACAUGGUUUUUAUGUUCGCAUCUACCUUUGACACUGCAAUCUAAACUAUAUACUGUUAUUGUUGAAGAUGUCUUGUUUUACUCGCGUUUUUCUAAACCAUUUUUUUCAUUCAGAACCCGGAUUUAGUGUUAAUAAGGAUAUUCUUAAAAGUUUGCUGCAACUAAGCCGUCUCUCUAGAAUGUCAAAUUGAACAACACUCGUAGUUGUUUCCGUGCCUUACGUCUUCGUUGCAUAUGCCAUCUCAAGUAAUCUCAUGACUUCUUCCCAAUAUGGCUUCGGACAGAUCAACACCUUAAACGCCAACUGCUAAAAUAUGAGGUAAGAUGUGGUUAUGUAGCCGCACCUAAUGGACACAAUACUGUGGACCUACUUCAUUAUUUUGAAUUGGAGUGAUUACAUUGGAAUGCUGUUGCUGUGCGUUGCGGUGUGUGUUCUGCUAGCGGCCUUGUUUCUUUGUUGCCGUUUCAACCUUCCUUGGCCCAGCGCCGGUGGACCUUCUUGACUUUCGGCCUGUCGUCUCCUUCAACAUUCGUGUUGGAUGUUUCGGGUUAGGGUUUAGGGCUUCGGCCAAGCGUUAGGGUUGGGGCUGGGGUUGGAGUUAGGGGUUAGGGUUAGGUGUUAGGGCAAGGGCACCUAUUUCUCAACCAUUCAAAGGACAGCCGCGCAUCCAAAUCGCUUUUCUUUUGCAUACGACUACUUGACCUCGUCGCCUGUGCGCUCCCCGGCCCCGCCUCUAAAAACCCCCUAUUACCACGGGUCCCGUAUUACAGGUGGCGGGUUUUGUUUACUUCACGUGGGACUGCAUAACCACAUCUGACCAAAUAUGAACUUAUACCUAUGAUAAUAAUGACAAAACAACAACCGUAUUGUGGUUAUUUUUUGCCUACUUCGUAAACGUAUUUUAACAGUCCAAUAUAUUGUUGUUUUUGCACUCCUCAUAGUGGUAAACAAGUACUUUCAAAAGGAAAUCGUUCGACACAAAAUUUUGUGCCACACAUUGUGGUUUUCUGUUUGCUCAUCCAGAGUCCAGGAUCGUUUGUUAUGCUAGAACCUGAUGAUGAGAACCAAGAAACACACUUAUUGACCAUCAGACAGAACAGUUCAUAAGAUGCGAUGUGGAGAUUUGGUUCCGUUCCAUAAGCACAAAAAUUAGCUAGUCACCGUCUUUGCUUUCACCUUACUAUGAAGCACAUGGUGGACAUCGUCGAAAUCGACAGUCGAACGCUCGUAUUAACGAUUAGAAUGAGAAGAGAAGGACGUAGGGGGCGCCUAACCUCCACAGGUUUGUGCACACCGCCUCCGAUUCCUCGACCUUCGGGGUAAGGUUGCGUCAACUCCUAUUUUUGCUUUCAGGUUCAAAUAUAGUUUGCCACAUUUUGAUUUGCAUAGCCCUUUUUACGUGAAAUGUGCUCACAGCCUGCUAUAAUUAGCCGCGCCUUAUGGUAUACUUGUUGCCUUAAUGAAAGCCCUCAUCAGUAUUUCGAAUCUCUGCAUUCCAUUUGCCCCCUGGACUUCUCUUUCUCUGUUUCUGACACUUCAUAAAUCGUAUGGUUCACAAACGUUAUCUAAACACACUAAACACACUACCCUCCAUUUGGUUUUUAAACAAGGCAUUAUCGGUGCCGAGUCCCUACUCUGCUGUUACCCGUUAGUUUAACUUCGUGUAUACAAUGUGGGCAGCCGGACGAAUUUUUGGACGUGGGUGGUGUUGCCCAUUGCGCUGGAAACUUACCUACCCGGUUUGUAGUCAAAAAGCUGUUUGCAUGCAGUGACGGAGUUUUGGCAAAUAAAUGCGAAAGACAAGGCCAUUAAGGCACUCGUUGUCCCCAGACUGGCAGGGUGAGCCCGCUCACUCUAGCAGCCUGGAAUGUUCGUUCCCUUUUAGACAAUCCGAGGAGCAACCGACCGGAGCGGAGGACGGCUCUAGUGGCACGAGAACUCGCCCGAUGCAAGGUGGACAUCGCCGCACUCAGCGAGACCCGAUUCUCCGAACAAGGCCAACUGGAGGUGGUAAGUGCCGGCUACACCUUCUUCUGGAGUGGUUGGCCCAGGCCAGAGCGACGAGACGCGGGCGUCGCCUUCGCCAUCCGGAAUGACAUCGUGGGACGACUGCCCAGUCUGCCGCAGGGCAUCAACGAUCGCCUGAUGAGCCUCCGUCUGCCACUCCGGGGUGUGGGCAAAUUCGCCACCAUCAUCAGCGCCUACACUCCGCCGAUGACCAACCCCGACGCCGUCAGAGACAAAUUCUACGAGGACCUGCACGCCCUCUUGGCGACUGUGUCGAAGGCGGACAAGUUGAUUGUCCUUGGCGGCUUCAACGCCCGCGUCGGCACAGACCAUACUGCCUGGAGGGGAGUGCUGGGUCUUCACGGUUUCCGCGGCUCCAACGACAAUGGUCUGCUGCUGCUCCGCACCUGCGCAGCGCACCGCCUCAUCCUAACGAACACCUUCUGUCUGCCGGAGCGAGAGAAGGCCACCUGGAGGCAUCCUCGGUCGCGUCAGUGGCACCUGCUGGACUAUGUUCUCGUCCGGAGGCGAGAUCAGCGGGACGUGCUGGUGACGAAGGCGAUCGCGGGUGCUGACGGGUGGACCGACCCUCGCCUCGUCAUAUCGAAGAUGCGUAUUCGCAUACAGCCUAGCAGGAGACCACAAGGUAAGCCACCCCCAGGUAAGCUGAAUGUUGCCUUGUUGUCUUUGCCCGCUCACCACCUUCAUUUCAGCAAUGAGCCGGCUCACCGGCUAGACAACCUUCCUAUCGCUGCCGACGCCGUCGCUGCCGAGAACGCCUCCGUGGAGAACCGCUGGUGUCAACUGCGAGACACGGUCCAGUCGACGGCGCUCGCCGUCCUCGGUCGCGCUCCCCGCCAACACCAGGACUGGUUCGACGACAACGACGCCGCCAUCCGAAAUCUGCUUGCUGAGAAGAACCGCCUACACAAAGCCUACGUAAACCACCCCACUGAUGCCAACAGAACUGCUUUCUACCACUCCACGGCUGCGCGAGAUGCAGGACGCCUGGACUGCUCGCAAAGCUGA